CCGUGAUAAAAAACACAUACUAAAAAUGAGUAGAAGUCACGAACAUGCCAUUUCCAUGGAAGACCGCCCUGAGAAGGCUGUGCAUCAAGGGAAAAGCACAAGCGCCGAUGAUGAAGUUAUCAUCGCCACGCUUCCAAAAAACGUGAAGGACUCUCCGGUUUACAAAAAAUUGCAAAAGUCAAUUGAGGCGAAGAAGGCGAAGAAAUCCGAGGAAGAAGAUAUCAAAAUGGCCGACGCUCGUGCAAAGGAAAAGCCGAAGAUACAGAAGGUUCCGGCUGCACUAAAAGAAAAGGAGAAGUUCCGGAAGUACUACGAACCGCAGUGGAUUUCAAUUGGUCCUAUCCAUCACGGUAAAGAGAAUCUAGUGCUGGCGGAGAAUCAAUACAAGCCUGAAUUGGUAGCAAAAUUCAUCAACGACGGUGGUACGAGCAUUGAAGCGCUCUACAACAUCAUUAAGGACAAAAUCAAGGAGCUGAAGGAAAGUUUCGAUAAAGAUGUUAUUAAGGGCUACGAUGAUGACACUCUUAGCUGGUUGUUGUUCUAUGAUGGGUGUUCAACUCUACAAUUCAUAAAUAGCUAUGUCAAGAUCAAUGGUAAUGAGCUGAGAAUCCUUUCCAUAAAAAAUGACCAAAUAGCUUAUGUUCAACAGGAUUUGUUCUUGUUGGAGAACCAAAUCCCUUUUGAAGUCCUAAAGCUGUUGAUGGAGUCGCGCAAGGACGCUGAGAUUCUGAAGAGUUCGGUCAAGGAUUUUAUUCGCUGCAAUGUCAUGACACCAAAUAAGUACAAGAAGACUUUAGAGAUCGAGCUUGAAACUGAUCCGGAGCCAGCUCAUCUUCUAGAGCUUCUUCGGUCUGCGAUACUUCAACAACCCAGAGAGCAUCCUAGGAGCAACCUAGGAGAAAAGCUCUCUCACUCUCUUGAUAAAGCCAUUACUUUAUUUCCUUGUAAGAAUUAUUGGCCGCUCAAUAAGUAUUUUACAGAGGGCAACGACCAAGGCCAACAAUCCUUUCGCAGUGUCCAAGAUCUCAUAUCAGCCGGGAUCGACCUAAAACCGAGUGGGAGUUGCUCAUUGAGAGACAUACGCUUUACUUCUCUAUGUUUUGCAGGUUGGCUAAGACUUCCUCCGAUAACGGUUGAUGACUCGACAGGGCCUCGGUUCUUGAACCUAAUUGCCUACGAGAUGUGCCCCGACAAUUUCAGGACUGAUUAUGAAGUUAUCUCUUAUAUAAGCUUCCUAGAUUCGCUCAUCGAUUAUCCAGUUGAUGUUAAAGAGCUAAGGUCAUCUCACAUUCUUCACAACCUUCUGGGUUGCGACAAUGAUGUGGCUCUGCUUUUCAAUGAGAUCGCUACUGAUUUGGUGCCGAGCCAGGCAGUGUACAAGGAUGUGAUAGCCCAAAUUCAAAGCCACUACAAGAGCAAGUGGAGGACAUGGAUGGCUCAAGUCUAUCACGACCACUUCAGUAGCCCCUGGACUAUAGUCGCGUUUCUGGCAGCGGUUGUGGCGCUCGGUAUGUCGGGCAUUCAGACUUGGUACACGGUUAAAUCUUAAUCUCCGUUGAUGGAACGGGACAAAUCAGCAGCAUGAUCUUAAGUUGUUUGAGGAGAAACCUCAAUGCGAUAGAAGUAUAUAUCCCACUUUUUUUUCUUUUUUUUUUUUUUUUUUUUUUGAAAUCUAUCCCACUUUCAUUUUGCAACAAAUAAGUGGGGUUGAAUACCGGCCUACUUAUUAGCCUUUUUUUUCCCUUAAAUUUCGAAGAAAAACGGGGUUGAAUGCGUGCUUGU